AGUUUUUUCCUCCUGUAGUUGAUUCCAUUUUCAUCUGUGAAUUUGAUAUUUGGAUUACUUUUUUUUUUUUUUUAAACUUGACUGAGGGACUUUAGUAUUAGUCAGUACUGGUUUAAAAUAUAGAUCUACUACUUACCAGAAUGUGGUCUGGAGAAAGUUACUUUAACCUCUGAGCCUCAAGUUUAUUAGUAAAAUUGAGAUAAUGAUUUCUACCUCAAAGGAUUGGUGUGAGGAGUCAAUGUAAUAAUGUUUGUAAAAACAACCAGUAUAAUGCUUGUAUAAGUUGGUAACUCAAACAAUUUCGUUUAUUAGCUACUGAUGAAUCAUUCAUAACUAGUCACUUACAGAAAUCUACCACAUUUAGCAUUCUUUGUAGUCUAAAAUUGCUAUUUUAGUAACUGACUCAAAGAGAAUAGUUUUUUCUAAGAGACAACUACUGUAGACUUUUUCCUGGGGUAGUCAAUAAAAUUAAAUCUUAAAAUGUCUGUGGUCUUCAGUCUUUCCUGUGUUUGAGGAGUGAGCAUUUGUAGGCCAGGAGUCUUUACAAUGUUUGAGUUGACAUGAAUGUGAAUGGACUUUAUCAGGGUGAGCUUAUGGGGAGCUGGAUAUCUUGAAAGGCUACCAUGUCCUGAAGGACAGUGUGCCAUUACAAGCAUGAAUUUGGGAAUGGGGGUUCAAUGGGAUUAAGGAAUGUUGUACAACUUUUAGAGGAAAUGGCAAGAAGAUAUAGAAAAGCCAACUUUGUUGAAGUUGGGGACAAUAAGAAAACUUAACUAUGCAAGUAAUCAUCUAAUCAGACAAAACAGAUGUGACAGCUGCUAUUUUAUAGGGGAUCUCUAUGAUUAAGAAGAAUUAACCAGGUACUCUAUUAGCAGCCUAGAUUCGUCAGGAUGGAAGGAUUUGUGUAUGCAGAACAAAACCAGAAAGAACUCUUUUUAAAGAAUUUUCUGAUACAAUGAAGAUACGUUAAUAGCAUACUUGGCACACCUAAAAUACAUAAACUACAGUUAUAUCCUUAGAGACUCUUGUCAUUGUGACAUCCAUAAGUUCCUUGCUUCCUUUUCAUCAAGGAGAUGCUACUUUUGAAAUUGUUUGGGUGAAAUUUCACAGCUUCGGUGAACUUACAAGUGUGAAUGUAGGUGUGUGUGUGAGUGCGCCCUGCCGUGAAAUGGUGUCCUGUCCAGGGAUGGUUCCCACCUUGUACCCUAAGCUGCUGGGAUCGGCUCGGGCCACUGCAACCCUGAAUUGGAGUAAUUGGGUGCUGACUGGGUUACUUUUUUAAACAUUAGGAAUGGUAAUUUCUACUUUUCUGGACUUCAGACUAAGAAGUUAAAGAGACUUCUCUGUAAAUAAAUCUCUUCUGCUGUCCUUUUGCAUUUGGAGACGGCUUUAUUUCACCAUAUCCAAGGAGUAUAACUAGUGCUGUCAUUAUGAAUGUGACAAGUUUAUUUUCCUUUACAAGUCCAGCUGUGAAGAGACUUCUUGGGUGGAAACAGGGCGAUGAAGAAGAAAAAUGGGCAGAGAAAGCUGUUGAUGCUUUGGUGAAAAAACUGAAGAAAAAGAAAGGUGCUAUGGAGGAACUGGAAAAGGCUUUGAGCUGCCCAGGGCAACCGAGUAACUGUGUCACCAUUCCCCGCUCUCUGGAUGGCAGGCUGCAAGUCUCCCACCGGAAGGGACUGCCUCAUGUCAUUUACUGCCGUGUGUGGCGCUGGCCCGAUCUUCAGAGCCACCAUGAACUAAAACCACUGGAAUGCUGUGAGUUUCCUUUUGGUUCCAAGCAGAAGGAGGUCUGCAUCAAUCCCUACCACUAUAAGCGAGUAGAAAGCCCUGUACUUCCUCCUGUGCUGGUUCCAAGACACAGCGAAUAUAAUCCUCAGCACAGCCUCUUAGCUCAGUUCCGUAACUUAGGACAAAAUGAGCCUCACAUGCCACUCAACGCCACUUUUCCAGAUUCUUUCCAGCAACCCAACAGCCACCCGUUUCCUCACUCUCCCAGUAGCAGUUACCCAAACUCUCCUGGGAGCAGCAGCAGCACCUACCCUCACUCUCCCACCAGCUCAGACCCAGGAAGCCCUUUCCAGAUGCCAGCUGAUACGCCCCCACCUGCUUACCUGCCUCCUGAAGACCCCAUGACCCAGGAUGGCUCUCAGCCGAUGGACACAAACAUGAUGGCGCCUCCCCUGCCCUCAGAAAUCAACAGAGGAGAUGUUCAGGCGGUUGCUUAUGAGGAACCAAAACACUGGUGCUCUAUUGUCUACUAUGAGCUCAACAAUCGUGUGGGUGAAGCGUUCCAUGCCUCCUCCACAAGUGUGUUGGUGGAUGGUUUCACUGAUCCUUCCAACAAUAAGAACCGUUUCUGCCUUGGGCUGCUCUCCAAUGUUAACCGGAAUUCCACUAUUGAAAACACCAGGCGGCAUAUUGGAAAAGGAGUUCAUCUUUAUUAUGUUGGAGGGGAGGUGUAUGCCGAAUGCCUUAGUGACAGUAGCAUCUUUGUGCAAAGUCGGAACUGCAACUACCAUCAUGGAUUUCAUCCUACUACUGUUUGCAAGAUCCCUAGUGGGUGUAGUCUGAAAAUUUUUAACAACCAAGAAUUUGCUCAGUUAUUGGCACAGUCUGUGAACCAUGGAUUUGAGACGGUCUAUGAGCUUACAAAAAUGUGUACUAUACGUAUGAGCUUUGUGAAGGGCUGGGGAGCAGAAUACCACCGCCAGGAUGUUACUAGCACCCCCUGCUGGAUUGAGAUACAUCUGCACGGCCCCCUCCAGUGGCUGGAUAAAGUUCUUACUCAAAUGGGUUCACCUCAUAAUCCUAUUUCAUCUGUGUCUUAAAUGGCCCCAGGCAUCUGCCUCUGGAAAACUAUUGAGCCUUGCAUGUACUUGAAGGAUGGAUGAGUCAGACACGAUUGAGAACUGACAAAGGAGCCUUGAUAAUACUUGACCUCUGUGACCAACUGUUGGAUUCAGAAAUUUAAACACACAAAAAACACACCUUGGUAACAUACUGUUGAUAUCAAGAACCUGUUUAGUUUACAUUGUAACAUUCUAUUGUAAAAUCAACUAAAAUGCAGACUUUUAGCAGGACUUUGUGUACAGUUAAAGGAGAGAUGGCCAAGCCAGAGACAAAUUGUCUAUUAGAAAACGGUCCUAAGAGAUUCUUUGGUGUUUGGCACUUUAAGGUCAUCGUUGGGCAGAAGUUUAGCAUUAAUAGUUGUUCUGAAACGUGUUUUAUCAGGUUUAGAGCCCAUGUUGAGUCUUCUUUUCAUGGGUUUUCAUAAUAUUUUAAAACUAUUUGUUUAGCGAUGGUUUUGUUUGUUUUAAGUAAAGGUUAAUCUUGAUGAUACACAUAAUAAUCUUUCUAAAAUUGUAUGCUGACCAUACUUGCUGUCAGAAUAAUGCUAGGCAUAUGCUCUUUGCUAAAUAUGUAUGUACAGAGUAUUUGGAAGUUAAGAAUUGAUUAGACUAGUGAAUUUAGAAGUAUUUGAGGUGGGUGGGGGGAAGAGGGAAAUGACAACUGCAAAUGUAGACUAUACUUUAAAAAUUCAGUUUGUUGCUUUAAAGAAACAAACUGAUCUGAAUUUUGCUGUGUUUCCAUUUUUUAGAGAUUUUUAUCAUUUUUUCUCUCUCUUUUGGCAUUCUUUUAUCUCAUACUCUUCAAAAAGCAGUUCUGCAGCUGGUUAAUUCAUGUAACUGUGAGAGCAAAUGAAUAAUUCCUGCUAUUCUGAGAUUGCCUACAUGUUUCAAUACCAGUUAUAUGGAGCGCUUGAAUUUAAUAAGCAGUUUUUAUGGAGUUUACAGUACAGAAAUAGGCUUUAAUUUUCAAGUGAACUUUUUGCCAAACUUAGUAACUCUGUUAAAUAUUUGGAGGAUUUAAAGAACAUCCCAGUUUGAAUUCAUUUCAAACUUUUUAAAUUUUUUUGUACUAUGUUUGGUUUUAUUUUCCUUCUGUUAAUCUUUUGUAUUCACUUAUGCUCUCGUACAUUGAGUACUUUUAUUCCAAAACUAGUGGGUUUUCUCUACCGGAAAUUUUCAAUAAACCUGUCAUUAUUGCUUACUUUGAUUAAAAA